UUUGUUCCAAAAACGAGAUGGUCCGCCUAUAAUUGCAAAACGUGACUGAAGAACUCCAAAUGCACGCUCCACAUCUUUUCUACAUGAUUCUUGCUUCAUGGCAAAAUAUUUCUUUUUAGGACCACGUGGAUCAUGUAUACUUUGCACAAGAGUAGACCAUUUGGGAUAUAUCCCAUCAGCUAAAUAAUAACCCAUUUGAUAUUCCUUUCCCUGGAUAACAUAGUGUGCGGUAGGAGCAACACCUGAAGCAAGAUUGGCUUGCAUUUGUGUAGAGUAAAUGGCUGCAACUGCAAGGCACAGGAGUACCUCAUACUCACAUGAAGAAGAUAAACACUUGUGUCAUGUAUAUCUUGAUAUCUCACAGAAUCCUAUUAUCAGUAUAAAUCAAUCUCGAGAUCAAUUUUGGUCAUCGAGCUAA